GCGGCGGCACCGCCCCGGCCGGGCCUUUAUAGCGCCCGCCCCAGGCUGCUGCCGGCACAGCUUCGGCCGUGCGGUGCCUGGCCUCCUGCCCCGCUCCUGGGCUGAAUCAAAACAAAACAGAAGAGGAACGAAGUGAGAAGUUAGCUAACACCAUGAAGCUAUUAAUCUUCCUCUCAGUAACCCUUGCCACUCUUGUCACGGGACUAGAUCCAGCUUAUGGCAUGAAGCACUACAGACCAUCACAUAAACACAAGGACUGUCACUGUCUGAAUGGAGGAACAUGCGUUACCUACUACCUCUUCAGCAGAAUAAAUCGUUGCCUGUGCCCAGAAGGUUACGGUGGGCUUCACUGUGAAAUAGAUGAUGACAGUACAUGCUACACUGGGAAUGGGGAGAACUACAGAGGAACAGCAACUGAACCAGAGUGCUUACUAUGGGAUCUUCCUUCAGUAAUCAAGAGAGGUGCUUACCAUGCUGACAUGAAGAAUGCUCUGCAGCUUGGACUGGGCAAACACAAGUACUGCAGAAACCCAAAUGGACGGAGCAGGCCCUGGUGUUACACCUGGAGGGGAUUCUCCCUUCAAGAAACACCCUGCAACGUAGAUAAGUGUGAUCUGAAUGAUAUCUUCCUCACAGAGCGCACAUGUGGUCAGAGAAGCAUCAGCAAGUACUUCAAAAUUGUUGGUGGAAGGCAGGCUGAGGUUGAGUCUCAGCCUUGGAUAGCUGGCAUCUUCCAAAACAUCUUGGGUAUUGACCAGUUUCUGUGCGGUGGCAGCCUCAUUGACCCCUGCUGGGUGCUUACAGCAGCACACUGCUUUUAUGAUCCGUCAAAAAGAAGACCAAGAACGUCAGCCUACAAAGUCUUCCUUGGGAAGUCCGUACUGAAUGUUACUGAUGAAAAUGAACAAGUGUUCAUGGUGGAUGAAAUUAUCUCUCACCCAGACUUUACAGAUGAAACAGGUGGCAAUGAGAAUGACAUUGCUUUAGUAAGAAUAAGAACAGCUUCUGGACAGUGUGCAGUAGAAUCCAAGUAUGUAAGAACAGUCUGCUUGCCAGAGAGGAACCUUAAGCUACGUGACAAUACCCAGUGUGAAAUAGCUGGCUAUGGAAAACAGGAUUAUUAUGAUAUUUACUACGCUCAAAGACUGAUGUCAGCCAGUGUGAACUUAAUAUCACAGGACAAAUGCACAACUAAAUACUAUGACAGUGUCAGAGUUACUGACAACAUGGUCUGUGCUGGAGACUCGCUGUGGGCAACUGAUGCAUGCAAGGGAGAUUCCGGCGGCCCCAUGGUCUGUGAGCACAAUGGCAGGAUGACACUUUAUGGGAUUGUCAGCUGGGGAGAUGGCUGUGCAAAGCAAAACAAGCCGGGUGUUUACACCAGAGUUACUAAAUACCUUAACUGGAUUGACUCCCAUAUGAAUGCAGUGCUAACCAAAAGUCGUUCUUUCCCUGAACCCAAGUGAUAUCUUCCUGCAUCUGGACUCAAAUGAACAAGUUUAAGUCUGUGCUGAUGCCAGGACACAAAGUACUGACUUUACUAUAAGAGUCUACUUUUUAACUGCUCCUGUGGUCUGCCACUCACAUCAGUUUCUGAUGCAGAAAGACAGCUGGUGUGAACUCACUACUAUGAAUUACCAAGAACCACUCCAUGGGAAGUGAAAAUAUUUAACAUUUAAAUGAGUAUUCCCAUGCAUAGUAUUAUACAUAUCAAGUUAUCUGUUCACUUAAUUUAUGAACUGGUAUCUGGUCAGGUAGUAUUGGUUAAGCUUGAACUCAUUUUUACUUGUGUGCAUUUGGUACAUGGUUUCAGUCUAAAACCUGACUCACCCUGAGCAGUGCUGUGUCAGACCUAAUCUGUGAACAGCAGUAUUGAGUGGGUGACAAUGCUUUGCAUCAGAAUAUGCAAGGAAUUAUAGCACCACUACUUAUCACUUAAUUACCUUUUAAUGUGUGAGGAAGGACCAAACUCAACUCCAACUGAAGCAACAGGCUCUACACAGGGCUCACUUCUGCAGAUCUAACACUAAAAUCUUCAGGAUGACAAUUGCAGCUGUGUUGGUAUGAGUACACCCAGAGGUUAUACAUUGAAGAAGGGAGCUAAAGAAAGGAACUUUGACAGUAUGACUGGACUUCCAGUUCCACUUCCUAUGUCCCCUUAGUCUAGCUAAGGCACUUCUUUCCAUGUAUGUACACAACACUGAGGAGAUGUAAGGAUUCAGUACUCACUGAGUGCUACAACUGUCAUAGUCAGCAUGUCACUUCCAUUCACUUAACUGUUAUGGCAUAGAAAUUACUUCAUUCUCCUAAGACUUAUGCUGGUUUUAUUUUAAAACUUGUCUUUGUUUUAUAAACGGAACUAUUCAUAUGAGGGCUGGAACCUCCUCUUUUAUUUAAUUUUUUUAUUAUGUUUAACUUAUUAUUUGUAUUAUAUAUGUAAAUCUAUAAAUAAAACUAUUAUUCUUA